GACUCUCAGGAGCUUUCACAUCACUCACCUCAGCGCCCAUCAUAGAAUCACAAUACCCAAUCAUGACAGCAACAACAAUCUCACCUUCAACGUUUCCCUUAUUCUCCAGUCUCGCUUUUGAAUUACGCACCAAGAUAUUGGAAGAAUCUCUUCCCUCCGAAUUCCCUCCGGCACUCUACUUCUACAAAGAAGGAUGUUGGCAUCCCCGAAUUUUCACCAAAUCUGAUCCAGGUUACAGCGACAAAGUCAGCGAAAAUGUCAGCACAGAAGAUCUGAACAGAAAACUUGAAUUUCGCCACGAUCUUCUUGAUAAUAUCACCGUUCGGAUGCCUCUUUUAUUUGUGAAUCAUGAGGCUCGGAAGAUCACCCUCACCUGGGCACGCAAUCGUGGUAUCGAAACAUGCGGAGAUACGCUGUUCCCACGUUUAUCUCUUCCUUUCAACCCCAUUCGAGAUAUACUCUAUGUAUCUGCUAAUCGGUGGGAUGAUCUUUUCGAUGAACCUUAUCAACGAUCUAUUAAGGAUGACAUGAUUGGUCUGAAUCAUAGAAUAUUCAAUGAAGUUAAGCGUCUUGCUGUGCCAAAAUCGAUGCUUGGAGUUUUCUUCGCCAUGGACACCUUCAACGAAUUAUCUGAUUAUUAUAGAAUUGAAGAAAUAGAAAAUGAAGAUGAGGAGCUUUACCUUCUGUCUAAGGAUGUCGCUCAAUACUUGACACCUGGAUUCAUAGCCAACUCGCCUUCGAUUCGUGAGAUUCGACCUGUUUUGGCUGUGAAGGGCUGAUGGAGGCUUGAUGCAAUGUAAUAUAUUUCAAGAUAGCACAUAUUUAGACAAUCCA